AUGAGCGAUGCCCCUCCGAGGAAGCGCCCGCCAGCCAGCUCCGUAGCUCGAGCAGCCGCCGCCGUCGUCGUAGCCGCCCUCGCGUCCUCCUUCGUCGCCCUGUCCCCUCGCUGCGCUCCGGCCGACGCGGGAUCCAGGCCCGGCAUGUCGAAGGCGAGGGUCUACACCGACGUCAACGUGGUGCGCCCCAAGGAGUACUGGGACUAUGAGGCGCUCACCGUACAGUGGGGUGAGCAGGAUGACUAUGAAGUUGUCAGGAAAGUUGGAAGAGGUAAAUAUAGUGAAGUGUUUGAAGGCUUCAGUGUUAACAAUAGCGAGAAAUGUGUCAUUAAGAUACUCAAGCCCGUAAAGAAAAAGAAGAUUAAAAGGGAGAUAAAAAUACUUCAGAACCUCUGUGGAGGUCCAAAUAUCAUCAAGCUGCUCGAUAUUGUCAGGGAUCAACAUUCGAAAACUCCCAGCUUGAUCUUCGAAUAUGUCAACAACACAGAUUUUAAAGUGCUCUAUCCCACGUUGACAGAUUAUGAUAUUCGCUACUACUUAUACGAGCUACUAAAGGCAUUAGAUCACUGCCAUUCACAAGGCAUUAUGCAUCGAGAUGUCAAGCCGCAUAAUGUUAUGAUUGAUCAUGAUCUUCGAAAACUUCGUUUGAUAGACUGGGGCCUCGCGGAGUUUUACCAUCCAGGCAAGGAAUACAAUGUCCGUGUUGCUUCAAGGUAUUUCAAGGGACCUGAACUUCUAGUUGAUUUGCAAGAUUAUGAUUAUUCUCUGGACAUGUGGAGCCUUGGGUGCAUGUUUGCUGGGAUGAUCUUCCGCAAGGAGCCAUUCUUCUAUGGCCAUGAUAACCACGACCAACUCGUGAAAAUUGCAAAGGUACUUGGAACAGACAGCCUGAAUGCUUACUUAAAGAAGUACCACCUUGAGCUUGACCCUCAGCUUGAACAUCUUGUUGGAAGGCACAGUAGAAAACCCUGGUCAAAGUUCAUUAAUGCUGAUAACCAGCAUCUAGUAUCUCCCGAGGCCAUAGAUUUUCUCGAUAAGCUUCUUCGCUAUGAUCACCAAGAUAGGCUCACUGCCCGUGAAGCUAUGGCGCAUCCAUACUUCCUUCAAGUGAGAGCAGCGGAGAACAGCAGGGCACGGCCACAAUGA